CAGGACCUUGGAAUUGAUCUCAACUCUUAUAUUUUAGAUCCAGUCUUCAGAGCAGGAAUACAAAAGUGGCUGUCGUUUUAAUUCAAAGGAAAACACCUAUGCCUCCAGGAGAAGACUUGGUGGCAUCUGAAAGAGCUGCAGCUAUUUGUCAUGCCUGUGAUCUUUCCGGAAAGAGUCUAUUUGUUCUGCCACAUACCGACCAUCUGGUUGGUUACAUUAUAAGGUUGGAGAAUGCCUUUUAUGAACAUGCUCAGACUUACUAUUACAAUGAAAUUCGUCGUGUUAAAUCCCAUAAGGAGUUUCUAAACAAGACAACACAUCAGUUGCUGUUUGUCCGACACCAGUUCAAAAUCGCUUUCUUCAGUGAGCUUAAGCAAGACACUCAGAAUGCAUUAAAGCACUACAGAACUGCCUACAGUCUUGUUCAUGAGCUAAGAGCUCAUGAGUCAAAUAUGUUGGAGAUCAAAACUUUGGCAGGAUUCAUUAACUACAAGGUGUGCCGUCUGUGUUUCCUGCACAAUACUCCACUUGAUGCAAUUUCCCAGUUCAGAAAACACAUUGAUCUUUGCAAGAAGAAGAUUGGUAGUGCUGAACUGGCUUUUGAGCAUGCUGCAUGGAUGGCCAAACAGUUCCAGUCUUUUGGUGAGCUGUUUGAUGAUGCAAUAAAAUUGGGUUUGGCCGCUAUCCAGACACAGAACCCUGGUUUCUACUACCAGCAGGCUGCCUAUUACAGCCAGGAAAGAAAACGACUUGCACUUCAACUCAGUCAGGUUGGAGCUAUGCAUCCUUCAUCUGGCCCAUCGGAUGUACUGAGUGGAGGACUAGACUAUUAUGGCCAGAGACCAUGGAGACAAGGACACCAGAGUAUUGAUCCUCCUGACCAAGACAAAGAAAAAAAGGGAAUUCUGGCAUUACAGAUUAACGAAAAGGAUGUCCCUCAUUCAGAACUGAUCAUAACUCUUCUCAGCAAUGCCGUUGCCCAGUUUAAGAAGUACAAAUGCCCACGAAUGAAAAGUCAUCUCAUGGUGCAAAUGGGAGAAGAAUACUACCAUGCUCAAGAUUAUGCCAAAGCCCUCAAACUGUUGGACUAUGUGAUGUGUGACUAUCGUGCCGAGCGUUGGUGUGGAAUCCAGACGGCCAUAUUAACCACAGCUCUUCAUUGUGCCUAUCUGAUGGCCAGUGUUAAAGACUACAUCAUAUUCUGUAUGGAGCUACUGGGCAGAGCUUCAACUCUGAAGAAGGAGCAAAAAUUGAGGAUUGAGCAGAAUCUCAUACAAGUUCUGAAGAACAAGAUACCUGAUGCUGAGCCUCAGUGUGAUCAGGUUUCAGCUCAAGCAGGACGGUCACUGUGGAAUGAAUGCAUGACCUCUGGUGGAUCAAAUGAAUUCAUAAUUGAUGUGCAAGACUACAUACCAUUCAUUCAAUGUAAAGCCAAAUUCCGGUCUCCCAGUUUCCAUGUUGAUGAAGUCAUCCAACUCCAGGUGUUGGUGAGAGCUGACUGUCCUAAUCCUGUGUCAUUCACCAAACUGGCUGUCACCCUGAGCAAUCAGGAGUACAAUAAAUGGUGUGUUCUGGAGACCUCAAGUCAGGAGUGCAAAACCCUUCUGCCUGGGAAAACGAAAUGUUACAACUUCAGCUUUGUGGCAAAAACCAAAGACGUUGGCAAAAAAAUUGAGAUGACAGGUAUAGAAGUCAUGCUUGGCAGUAGCAGUGGUCGCUGUGUGUUUCUGAGAUGGCGAGGGGCAGGUGGAGACGCAGCCACAACACGUGAGUUCCUGCAGUCUAACAAGUCAUCAUCUUGGCCUGACACUGAGGAAGACUUGGAUUGGGAAAGCAUGACUAUCCUACAAAAUACCAUGAUAAUGUCGAGAGUUCCAAAGAUCUCUGUACAGCUGAGUCAUCAGCCUCCUGCUCUCAGCAAUGAAAUGUACUGUAUUCACUGUACUGUCCAAUCACUGGAGGAGGGUGUAGCCAAGGAUGUGAAACUGACUGCAGGACUCAAACCUGGUCAAGACGCCAAUUUAAGUCAGACUACACGCGUGACGCUUGAUAACUCCAAGGCUUGUGAUGACACUACCCCUUCUUUGCUCCCUGACAUACUUCUGGGGAAUCUGAAACCAGGCAAAAAGCUUGAAAAAUGUGUAUAUGUCUCAUCUUUGACAACUGGACCAAGACUGUUCCUGUUCCACAUAGCUUACAGCAUUGAUUUAAGUGUGGAUGGACAACAGAUACUCUGCAAAUGUCAGAAGGAUGAAAUGAUUACCAUCGAGACAUUGGUCCCAUUUGAAGUUUCUGCCAACUUUCUGUCCACGAAGUUUGAGCCCCUGGAGCAGGUAGCCGUGGACCUUCCCUUUCUGAUGUUAACGGAGAUCCGAUCAUCAUCCCCUUGGCCCUUGCUCUUGGCUUCCACAUCUCUCCAGAAUAUUGGAAUAACAAACACACAACACCAUAAGUACCAGAUACAAGAUGUGAUCCUGCGGAAAGAUGAGUGUGCAAGUGAAUGCUUGUGUCUUCGGUGUCCAUCACUGGCUGACAAUAAUAACGACGUGGCUACUGGACAGUACGUCAUAUUGUGGAGAAGACAUUCCUCCAGUCCAGAUAGUCCUCUCAUCAGCACCACAGUCACUCUGCCACAUGCCUCUCUGGAGCGUGUACCACUCUACAUCCAUGCUGAUAUCCCUCCCUUUGGAAGAGUCCGAGAGUCUCUUCCAGUUUGUUUCCAUAUAGAGAAUAGAACAGCUCUGGUACAGGAGGUGCAGAUAUCUGUCGAACCAUCAGAAUCCUUCAUGUUUUCUGGACUAAAACAGGUUCAUAUCCGUAUACUUCCUGGUUCAAAACAGCAGAUGCUGUACAACUAUUAUCCACUGAUUGCCGGUUACCAAACGUUACCACAACUGAGCAUCAGUGUGGACCGCUGUACAACCAAGGCAUACAACCUCAGACGUUUCCUGCCCCAUCGCAUCUUUGUGAAGCCACAAGGCAAAGAGGUGGACAAUGACUCCAUUGCUGCAGCUUGAUUGAGUAUUUAGUUUUAUGAACAUCGAAUAGGAACACAUUAUGUUGGAUGUCCUUUGUAUGAUUUUUCUCAGAUGACAGUCAGACUCAGAUGUUUAAUUUCAGUAUUGUGGUUGUAAUGGUGAUGUACUGUAGUGGAAGAAAUAGAAGGAAUGUUGACUGUCAUCUUAACACUAAAAUCUAACAUUCUAAAUAAGAACCUGAGAUUACCUGUGUUGGAAUUGGAGUAAUGUUUGUCAUGUCUUUUAAUUAAAAUCAUUGAAAUGCUAAAUCAA